AUGGCAAGACUUUUGGAUUGCCCCACCGAGAUCCUUCUUGAUGUUUUCGGUCAUUUGAGAAAUAUCGACCAUGUCAUCCAAUUGGCUUUGGCCUGUAGCAGGCUCUAUCGCGUUUUUGAUAACAAUCGCAUUGAAAUCGUAAAGCGCGUUAUCCUUCACUCCGACGUCCACAAAUACGAUGUCGCACUCUGCCAUUUCAACGACACCUUCCAGGCUUUCUCCUCAACACAGCUGAACCACCCCCGCGACUGGAAUGACAUAGACAUGGCCGCCUGUCCCUCUUACCUCCGCUUUGACGAAUGUCUCAACGCAACGGACCUUACCGACAACCAAGUCCUGGACGUGCUCGCCCGCUGGCACGGCCUUAAGCCCCUCCGCCACCUCUACAUCAAUUGCGCCGUCCAUGCAUCCUACAUUAACCGUCCCUGCCACACGGGCGGCCAGCACUACCGAAUACCCUGCGCUAAUCUCCAGCCCGUGAAUGUUCUCGAGCUGUAUCGCACCUCACAUAAUUCCCCACGAACAGAGUGCGACCGGUGCACUAAGCUCCAGCUCAGCGAUGCUGAGGCCGCGCGCUUCUACACGGCGCUCACCAAGUACUGGCUGAACAUCAUGUGCGAGCGUAGCUCUUGGGUCUACCACUACGGCCGUCUAUCUGCAAAAAACGACGUGUACAAGCGGAUCGCCGACGUCUGGUUCAACCAUGGCGCUCAAAGCAAGGAAGAAGAGCAUGUAGCCAUCGACCGUGCGCGGCAGCAGCUGGAGUCUCUGGGUCGGCAGGAUGGUGGAGAUGGCAGCGGCCGAUACUCGGCAAGUGCCAAUGCAGACGGCAAUACGAGCCUGUUACAAGAGAGCCUUGAGGUGCUCGAAGUCUACGACUUCGUCUACGGCUACCUUAUGCAGAACACUAGCAUUACGCAUGGGUACUACAGCUGGCGGCAUGACCACGGCGACGAAGACCUGGAGACUUUGGAAGACGACUGGACCACGUUCGUAUUCCGAGCGCGCCUCGCCCUUACCCCGCCAGAUAUCCUACAGCUGCUGGCCCUUACAGCGCGUUGGAUAUCCGACCCGACGAGUAAGUGGUCCACAGAGCGGAAGACGCAGUACCUCCGCGAGCGGGGCGCUUUCUGCACGCGGGGACUCCACGGAUCCGUUUCGGUUCAGGACGAGAAGAGGAACAACCGAUGGUAUUGCUAUGAUGUUGCGCAUCUGGAGAGAGCGUGCUUGUCGCAGCUAUGGGCACGGAGGAGAGGCCAAGUGGAUCCCGCAGACGUGGCAUUGGGUUGGGAUCAAUAUCGCGCGUGGAGGUGGCCGAAUACCGCUCGUGGAAACUUCCGGAACUUGCUCGCCGAUGCGCUCGCUCAGCCCGCCGCGGGUGAUCCUGGCUUAGGUAGGGUCGUUCGUCAACGAGUACCGAUACCAUCAUUUUAA